AUGAGCCAGCCACCGCCUCCUCCGCCCCCGCAUGGGGAAAACCCCAGGACAACGGCCGGUGGCUCCGGUCUCCCGCCUGGGAAGUACGACGUCUUCAUCAUACCUGAACAUUCGGCCGGCUCGGGCUUCCUCUACCUCCCCUCGCUCAAACCGCAAUGGAACAGCUUCAUUGCAGGCGUUGUCAGCACCCUAGCUGUUGUCAUCAUGACGAACCUCGCCAGCCCGGUGGUGAUGAGCAUGUUCAGUAGCCCAGACAGGAUGUGGUCUUUCCUAUGGGUGACCAUGGUGGCAUGUGUUGGCAUUGCCGCUUUUUUGUUGGGUCGACAUCGAAAUGAGCCCACUGGGCGGCAGAAUGGGGAUGGUGGUAGGCAGCAGUCACAGCCAGAGCCGCAGCCCCAGGCCCAGCCCCGUCCCCAACCCCAACCCCAACCUCAGGCUCAAGCUCCCCCUCCGCCUCAACCCCCACCACAGGGCCAGCCCCAACCAGAGCCCAAGCCAGCACCUCCAGAGCCAAAGCGGGAGGAACCAAAGGAGGAGCCCAAACCGAAGGCGGGCCCCCCUCCAGAGCCGAAGCCGCAACCACAAGCGCCGCCCCCUCGACCGGCAUCGGCAAAGUCAGAAGCCCCAAAGGGCGCCUGGGAAAAGGCAAGAGAGGAAAUGAGAAGAAGAGAGGAAGAGCGGAAGGCCAAAGAAGCCGAAGCCAAGAGGAAGGAAGACACGGCCCGCCGACUACGCGAGCUGCGUGAGCGGGAGGCCAGGGAGCGCGAGAAGCGGGAGAGCGAAGCCCGGGAACGCGAGCUGAAGGAGAAGCUGCGCAAAGAGCAGGAAGCGAGGGAACGAGAGCCCAAGGAAAAGGAAGAGGCUCGAAAGCGGGAAGAAGAACGGCAACGAGCCGAAAAGGAGCGACAGGCUGCCAGGGAACGGGAGCGGAAGGAGCGUGAAGAGCGCCUGGCUCGGCUCCGCAAGGAACAAGAAGAGAGAGAGAAAAAGGAGCGGGAAGCCAAGGAGACGCAGGAGCGUAAUAGGGCGACCUACGCCUACUCGUCGGUUGGCGAAAAGACGAGUAUGUGGCCGAACGGCAAACCGCCAAGCGUCGCCCCGUCCCAAGCUGCAUCCACUCCACCACCACCCAGGCCGACACCAUCACCAACACCUCCAUCCCCGUCCAAACCCGCUCCCUCCCCCACCAGGCCCGCUCCAUCGCCCACUAAAUCUACAACUUCGGCCACUGGAACUGAAGACACCUACUCCUACCGACCGUACGACAAGCCCAAAAAACCAACUGCACGUAAGAAGUCGGUCUCGGAUUUUUCCGAAUCCUCGUGGGCCCCGUCCGCCUCGACAGCUCGCACCACGCCACCCCCGUCCACGCGCGGGCCCUACACCACCAACGACCCGCAAAAGAUCAUCAUCAAGGCCGUCUACGGUUACCUCAACCAAUUCUCCAAGACGCCCGCCUCCCAGCUCAUCUCGGGCGUCGGCCCGGUCACGGACGGGCUCAUCCUGCGCAUCACGUCAGCGGGCCUUUUUGUGGAUGACGACGUGCGCGGCGUCGCCCAGCGCGAGUGGGACAUCAAGGCCUGGACCCUCAAGCUCGUCGAGGUCUGGUGCCCUGUCCACGCCGUCCAGGGCCAGGCGGGCAACACGCCCGGCAGCGUACCGACGAACCACCCGUUCUUCAAGACCAUGCCGCAGAGCGCGCGGCGGGCGGCUGAGCGGGGGGCCACCAAGACGAUGCUCGGUGAGGAGGCGGUGGCGUGGAUUGACGAGUUUGGGAGGGUUUGCGAUGGGAACUGUCGUAGGAGUAAAGGGUCGUCUGCGGCUGGUGGUAGUGGGGAGGAGAAAGGGAAGGGGCUGCAUUUGAUCCGGGCCACGAUUAGAGAUCAGGAGGGCAAGAGGUAUCUGUUUGUUGUCGGCGAGGAGGAGGCGUGGAAGAUUGCGGGCGGGUUGGCCGCCCUCAGGGGCAGCAGCCAGGUCAGGGCGCUCAGCAUUGCUGGCUUCAGUGGCAUGGAGUCCAAGACGUUGUUGGAUACGCUGGGGUGGACUUCUUGA